GCAAAUCCACUCGCUCACUCUCCCCUAAAUGCAAAACAGCCUCACCUGCCUUCCCGACCUGGACAGAGACAGGCACACGAGCUGUGGAGAGGACCGGGCCAGGCGUUUGUAAGGGGGACAGACGCUGACCUUUCUGGACUCUGGUUAUUUAAGCGGACUGUGGUGGAGGAGGCGCGCUGUAGGAGGUACAGCGCUCGAGGAGGCGCAGGGGAGGAGCUCCCUGAGUACAGGGGCCUGAAGGGGGACGAGGAGGAGCUGAAAGCGGGCCGUCUGCAGACUUUUGUCCUUCAGAAGCAGAGCUGGACUCCCCCUGCUUUCCAGCGGCUCUGGGGGGGUUCUCCGGGGGGGUUCUGGAAGCCCAAUAGAGCUGGAGUCUCGGCCUGAGGUGUCGCUGCGAGAGGAGGUUCGUGGGCCCGUCACCGGGCCUGCCGUGGGUCUCCGUGGGAACCAUGUACGUCCUGUGCACCCUGGCGGUGCUGACCCUGCACAGCCUGUUUAGGGCCAGGUGGCGCUCCCUGAAGCUUGAGGAAGAGGAGGAUGAGGAGGACAAGAGGCACGAGGAAGAGAAGGGGGGCGAGGCUCCCCGCAGCUGCGGCUCCGCAGCCGGACGCAGCCCUGCAGACAGUCUGCGCAGCCAGGGGGACCAGGACCAGCCGAGUCCCAGAGUCAGGCCUGAGAAUGUUCCAGAGAGGAAGAGGAGGAUGAAGCCGGCUCGGCGCUCCAGCGCACUCCUCCACCCGGCGGUCAUGUUCAGCACGCGCAAGACCUGGGACCUCGGCCACGCCCCUUGUUUUCAGGAGCUCUGGAAGAAAGACGUCUCAUUGGACGCGAGCUCAGUGGAUUUCUUGAGUGAGGCUGAGGAGGAGAGCUCCUUCCUCUCACUGCAGAAUUCAGUCUUCCCACGCCACUGUGUGACCUCCGACCUCACUGAUACCAGCAGUACAGGUGACCAACAGCUUCUUAUACAGAAAGUCACCUGGUCAUGCUCCUGGAUGGCAUCAUGUACCCUUCAGGAGAAAGUGUGCGAGUUCCAAGCCCGUCUGCGCGGCCAAGAGGCCGGACGGCAGCUGCAGCUGCAGCGUCUGCAGCAAAACCGCGAGCAGCGGCUAGAGCAGGAUCGUGAGCAGCAGUGUCUGCAGCUGGACCGUGAGCAGCAGUGUCUGCAGCAGGAUCGCGAGCAGCAGUGUCUGCAGCAGGAUCGCGAGCAGCAGUGUCUGCAGCUGGACCGUGAGCAGCAGUGUCUGCAGCAGGAUCGCGAGCAGCAUCUGCAGCAGAACCGCGAGCAGCUGCAGCAGCUGCGGGACAGGGCGUCGCUGAUCCGCAGACUGCAGGGCGUACUGCGGGAGCGGGAGGCCCAGCUGCACAGAGCCCCGCCCACAGGGGCUAGCCAGCAUCUCACAGACAGUCGGUCAGGCCCGGCGGUGCAGAGACUGACAGGCUGUCACAGCCCUGCGCAGGAGGAGAAGGCUCAGCUGCAGGACCGACUGCGCAGCCGAGACAGCGAGCAGCAGACCCUCAUCCUCCAGCUGCGCACACAGGUGAGGGAGCUGGAGGAGAAGCUGCUGGACCAGACCCAGGAGGUGGACCGGCUGCGCUCGGAGCUGGGGGCGACAGACCUGGAGAAGCACCUGGAGAUCCUGGUCUCAGAGAACGAGCGGCUCAAACAGGAGCUGAGCGCCUGCCAGGCCUCGCUGAGGGAAGCGCUAGAGCCCCCGCUCACCUGCACCAACUGCCAGGAUGCAGAGUGCCUGCGCGCCGCGCUGUCCCAGCGGGGGGAGGAGGUGCAGCGGCUGGAGCGGCGGCUGGGGGAGGUGCAGCGGGGGCAGGAGGAGAAGGCGGAGCGGCUGGAGGAGCUCUCCCUGCUGCUGGAGGAGGCGCAGCGGGAGCGGGCGGAGGUGGAGCUGCAGCUGGGCCGCAGGCUGAGGGACUGCCAGCAGGCCCUGUCCCAGCAGGCCGCACUGCCCCCGCAGGUCAAGUACGUGACCCGCACGGUGGAGGUGGAGUCGGCCGAGUCGCAGCAGGCCCUGUCGGAGGCGCACGGCCGCAGCCUGGCGCUGCAGGAGCAGCUGGGCGUGCAGAGGCAGCUGCUCAGGGAGCUGGAGCAGCAGCUGCACGAGUCGCAGAGGACCUGCGGCCAGCUGCGCACGCAGCUGGGUACGGACAGGAGCCGUCUCUGUGGCCUGCUCUCUUACGCCGUUGGCAGGGGCAACGGAGAGGUCAUUCGUAGGUUGUCCAAGAUCCUGACGUACGAGGGGGAGAUGGAGCGGGUGCAGGGCCAGCUGGAGGCGGAGAUGCAGUCUCUGGAGGAGGAGAAGAACCGGGUCAUCGAGGAGGCCUUCGUCAGGGCCGAGAGCGAGAUGAAGGCCGUGCACGAGAACCUGGCCGGCGUGCGGAUGAACCUGCUGACGCUGCAGCCGGCCCUGCGCACGCUCACCUGCGACUACAACUGCCUGAAGAGGCAGGUGCAGGACUUCCCCGUCCUGCUGGAGAAGGCCAUCGGCGAGGCCAAGCAGGAGAUCUGCCAGGUGAUCGCAGAGGUGAGCACCGCCAACCAGGAGCUGCUGCGCAAGUACAAGCGGGAAAUGAACCUGCGCAAGAAGUGCCACAACGAGCUGGUGCGCCUCAGAGGUAAUAUCCGUGUGCUCUGCCGGGUUCGGCCCGUCAGCCAGGAGGAGCUGAGCGCCGCCGACGCCAAGAACAUGGUGACCUUCGACCCCGACGACGACGCGGUCCUCCACCUGUCCAACAAAGGGAAGGCCAUGUCCUUCGAGCUGGACAAGGUGUUCCCCCCUCAGGCCUCACAAGAAGAGGUCUUCCAGGAAGUUCAGUCCCUGAUCAUUUCCUGCAUCGAUGGCUUCAACGUGUGCAUUUUCGCCUACGGGCAGACCGGCUCAGGGAAGACCUACACCAUGGAGGGCGUGGCCGAGAACCCCGGCAUCAACCAGCGCGCGCUGAAGCUGCUGUUCGCCGAGGUGACGGAGAAGGCGCCGGACUGGGACUUCCACAUCACCGUCAGCAUGGUGGAGAUCUACAACGAGACGCUCCGGAACCUUCUGGGUGACAACCCCAGUGAGAAGCUGGACAUUAAGAUGUGCCCAGACGGAAGCGGCCAGCUCUACGUGCCGGGACUGACGGAGUUUGCGGUGCAGAGCGUGGAGGACAUAAACAAGGUGUUCGACCUGGGUCACAUGAACCGCGCGACCGCGUGCACCAACCUGAACGAGCACAGCUCGCGCUCGCACGCGCUCCUCAUCGUCACCGUCUCCGGCUUCAACUCCUCCACCGGCCACCGCACCUCAGGUAAGCUGAACCUGGUGGACCUGGCCGGCUCGGAGCGCAUCGCCAAGUCUGGGGCGGAGGGCAGCCGCCUGCGGGAGGCGCAGUGCAUCAACAAGUCGCUGUCGGCGCUGGGCGACGUCAUCCACGCCCUGCGCUCCAAGCAGGCCCACGUGCCCUUCCGAAACUCCCGCCUCACCUACCUGCUGCAGGACUCCCUCAGCGGGGACAGCAAGACGCUGAUGAUGGUGCAGGUCUCCCCGAUGGACAGCAACGUGAGCGAAUCGGUGUGCUCCCUCAAGUUCGCCCAGCGCGUGCGCAGCGUGGAGCUGGGCUCCGCCUCCCGAAAACAGGCCGAGAACUCCUCCACCUCCUCCUCGCCCACGCACGACAGCGUGGAGCUUGACUCUCCUCCUGUGACGCCGCUCCCCAUCUCCCGCACCAGCAGUGUGGGCUCCACCCUGGCAUCCGGGACCAAGACCCCAGGGUCCCGCAGGAGGUCGCAGUCCCACAUUACUGCAGAGUGACAUGUAGACCCGUAGGCACCUGACAGGUGGGGGACGGAGGGCAGGAAGAAUGAAGCUCACCGCCUGAUGGGAAACUUCUGGGCUGACCAGGACUCGACCCGGUUCAUUAACAGCUCGUCACAUGCAGGGGUGGGGGGAGGAAAAAAAAGCUUUUUUCUUAUUUUCAAUUCUUGGGACGGGUGUCCACGAGCACCCUGGUUCCCACUUUUGCGUUCGGCCGAGAGAAGCUCGCCUCGCCGCCCGGCAGGCCAGUGGACACGUUCUCUCGUGACGUCGGUGGACGGAACUCUCCCUUCUUCAGCGCGGUGACGAUGAACCCGGCCGGAUGUAAACGAUCGUUCCCCGCGGAACUGGCUCAACGGAAAACCGUGCUCCGUCGCUUUAAGAAAGAAGCUCAGAUGGCUUCCUGCUGCCACGCCCCCUCUACUGUGACAUCAUCUCCCAGCAAGAGGGAGGAGCUAAAACUACACCUUUGAGAGUUCCUGACCCCUUGUGAAAGUGGUGGAAUCGCGGUAAAGACACGGCCUAUUCAAGCUAGUCUGCGGUUGGGGUAAUGAGGACUGGACCCCCCCCCCACAGACAGACAUGGUGGACCCCUGGCAAUAUUCUCCAGGACAAAAACGGAGUCUUCCAACUACAGUAUUUGGUUUAUUAUAAUUUUUUUUAUUUUAUUUUGUUUUUAUUUGUUUUGCAAAAUGCACUUUAGAUGAAGCUGUUACCUUAAAUGUGUUGUAAUAUUGUGUAUAGCUUUUUCAGCUACAAAUGUCCGUUAGCAGUGUAUUAAAUGCAACCAUUUUGGUCUGUUGGAACUUGAUGAUUUCACACAAAAUCAGCACCGAAUAAAGCACAGCAAUGCGAUUUUC